AUGAAAAAUUUCCUCGUCGUUUUGGCAGCUACAGCUGUGUAUCCUUUUCUCAUAUCUGCCGCAGCGCAAACAUAUCCCCCUCUUGGUAUUGUGCUUCCACCAGCACAAGCACCAAGCAACAACCCAGCGGUUAUAUCAGCCACUAAGAAACUAACGGCAACUAUCGAUUCGAAAUUCAGUUCGCAACUAAAUUCCAGUGGCAUAUCGCUAGUCGUCAAAUCGAUCCAUGAAGAUGUACCACUUUUCAGUUACCACUUCACACCGCAAGUCCUAUCAGGAAUUGGUACAGCGGCCAUCAAUGAGAAUACCAUCUUCAGGGUUGGGAGCUUGUCAAAAUUGUUCCCUGCGCUAGCAGCUCUGCAAAUUAGCUCCAUUCAUAUGGAUGAUCUUGUGCUCAAGUAUAUUCCCGAAAUCAAGGAUGCAAUUGUAGCUGGGUCUGUCGAGUCAAUUCCUUGGGAUGAUAUUACUGUCGACUCAUUGAUGACGCACCUUUCCGGUCUUCCUACAGAUACGGCCAUGGAUUUGGGCAUCUUUCCCGUAAGCCUAUGGCAGGAAAUUGGUUUACCAGCAAUUCCUGACGGGACCGGGCCAAAUUGCUCUGGACUCCCAGGUACUGUUCCAUGCACAAAACAAGACCUUAUCAACGAAUUGAAGCAGAGGGAUCCUAUAUACCUUCCCUACACAACUCCUUCAUAUUCCAAUGUUGGCUUUGCCAUUCUCGGAAUGGUCAUCGAUGCUGCAAUUAAUGACACCUACAUCAAUGCCAUUCAACAUGACAUAUUUGACGUUAUGGGCAUGAACAGUUCCUCAUUCAAUGGAUUCGUGGACUCCUUUCCAGAAAACGGCUUCGUCCCUGUUGGAGAAACAACAUGGAAUGCGACCUUGGGUGUCUUCGAAAGUGCUGGUGGAAUGUUUUCCACCACUUCCGAUCUAAUCGCUUUCACUGAUGGUAUCCUCACGAAUCGCUUUCUUAGCUCGCGACGCACUCGCGAAUGGAUGAAACCGCGUAGUCAUACUUCUUCCUGGGGAUAUUCGGUUGGUGCACCUUGGGAAAUUCUUCGCAGCGACCAGAUCACAGCCGACGGCCGUAUUGUUGAUUUGUAUACCAAAAGUGGCGACCUGGGUCUAUAUCAUGCUUUGCUUGGAUUAGUUCCAGAUUACGAUAUAUCUGUUGUCCUUUUCGCAGCUGGUGCUGAGGUAAGUCCAGACACAACCGCUGAAAUAUUCAGCGCCGUCAUCGAAGGAUUACUUCCUGCAAUUGACGAGGCAGGGCGGAGUGAAGUAGCGACUAUACCUGAGGCUCUCAUUGGCACAUACAUAGAUAAGACAACGAACUCCAGCCUCAUCUUAAGCAUUAACUCCGAAGAUGCUAUUAAGAUUGAGAAAUUUGUUGUUAGGAGCUUCGAUGUCCUCCAUCACUCGAGUCUGUAUAGCCUCGAUGCUCUUUCCAUGGAUGAUGGGUCGCUUCCUGAAGAUUCUUACGUUGAUGCUCGAUUGUAUCCGACAAAUCUCGUGGGCCAAACAAAGGAUGUUUUCAAACAAAUGUCAUGGCGAGCAGUCUAUGACACCAGAACUGCGAAAGAAAAAUCUGCAGAAGAUGCAAAGUUGGUGUUCAAAAAUGGUAGCUGUCAGUCGUGGACCCAACUGGAUCGAGCAGCCUAUAAUUUUCUCAGUCUAGGAGAUUUCCUGUUCACUUAUGGACCGAAGAAUGAAGUAACUCUCAUUAAGAAUGCAGCGUUCAAUAUUACACUCACGAAAGCUUGCUAG